AGGCGAUCGGCCGGGCCGCCCUGCCCGGUUGCCGGUCACCGCCGGUCCCAAGCCCGGAGGAGCUGCCCCGCCUGCACGGAACAGCCCGAGUCGGGUCACCUGCGGGCCGCUUCAUUCCCCGCACGGAUCGAGCAGGAAGAAAAAAGACCGUGUGCAUUAGACCCUUUGUCCCACUUGCUGAGUCCCCUAAUGUCAAAGGGCUUUACACAAGGACAAAAAAGGGGACAUGAUACAAAAGUACACAUAAACAUACCUUGAAGAAUCUCUUUUCCUGGUUCACCUUGCUCUUAAUCCAUGUGAAGAUCCAUUGGAAACACCUUCUAGAAACCCAAGAGUUUUCGGUCUCCUAAUAAAUUCUGUUGUGUCCAAGAACAGCCUGCCCAAAUGAGCAAGACAUCCCAACAGAACACCAGCACAGAUGCGAGCGGAGUAAGUGUGAUUCACACUCAAGCACACUCCAGUGGUUUGCAGCAGGUUCCCCAGCUGGUGCCAGUUAGUCCUGGUGGUGGAGGCAAAGCUGUGCCUCCGAGCAAACAGGGAAAGAAAAGUUCCUUUGUGGAUAGAAACAGUGAUGAGUAUCGGCAGCGCAGAGAGCGAAACAACAUGGCAGUGAAAAAGAGCCGGUUAAAAAGCAAGCAGAAAGCACAAGACACACUGCAAAGGGUCAACCAGCUUAAAGAAGAAAAUGAACGUUUAGAGGCAAAAAUUAAACUCCUGACCAAGGAGCUGAGCGUACUGAAAGACUUGUUCCUUGAGCAUGCCCACAAUUUUGCCGAUAACGUGCAACCUGUUGGCACUGAGACCACCACAACAAAUCCAGAAAACAGUGGACAGUAGGCACCUGCGACCUUACGAAACAAACUCCUGAGCUGCAGCUCGUCUGCAGUGCUCGUGCAGUAACCCAGCAAAAACUGUACCUUUAGUCAUUGUUUUGUGGAGAUUUUCUUCUUUUAGAUUUAACACUGAAGAUUUGUAACAAUUAAACCAGAAACUGGUUAACUGUUUGUUUUAAAUAUUUUUCUCCUCAAAGAUUUAUGCAGAUCUGAACUCCUAGCUAACAAGGAAUGUAAUAUUUAGGAGAUAACAUUUUCACAGGAAUAUUCACUGACCCUUUUAGACUUUGCAUAAUGGAAGGAAUCCAGCAGGAUGGCUCACUGUGUUCACUGAAACUUGUGAUUAAACAGAACGUCUUUUAAAUACCUGUUAGAGUAUUUUAGCCCUCUGUUUUCUCCAUUGCAUAUUACAAACUGCAAAGGCUCUGGAGAAUUUUUGCUUUUUACUUUAAAUCUGUAGAAUUGAAGUCCUAUGAAGCACCACGUAGGUCCCUCCUGCCCAGUUAUAUUUAAUGGGGAGAUUGUAGUAAUAGUGAGCUGGGAUGUUUACCAAUGUUCACCAGGAAAAUAACAAUAUGCUUUGAUGAUAUCUGCAGGCAGUUGGCCUCC